AUGUUGCGUACUCAGAUAUUGACUCUGCUUCUCGUUUAUUUAACUGAUGGACAGUUAGUGGGGAUUUACUGCGGUGAACAGUCGUGUUUCGAUGUAUUGAGAGUUAGUCGUGAUGCCGACACUGUCACCGUUCAGCGAGCAUAUCGCAGCCUUGCGAAGGAAUUUCAUCCAGACAGGCAGAAAACUACUGGGGAAAAGGUCAGAGCCGAAGAGACAUUUCGUCUGAUUGCAACAGCCUAUGAGAUUUUACGCGAUCCAGAACAAAGGCAGGAAUAUGAGUACAUGCUAGACCAUCCCACUGAAAUGUACUAUCAUUACUAUCGCUAUUAUAAACGAAGGUACUCUCCCAAAAUCGAUGUUCGACUGGUUUGCCUGUCCACCAUAUUUAUUUUGUCUGCGAUUCAAUACAUUAGUCAAAAAACAAAACACAAUCAGGCUCUCGCAUUUCUCGUUCGGGAUCCAAAAUAUCGCACCAAGGCAAAGGAGUUGGCCAAUGCUGAAAAACGCUUUCAAAUUGCUAAACAAAAGGUGGGACGUCGGCUUACCAAGGACGAGAUAAAGGCUUAUGAGGAAGCAGUGAUUCGUUCUGUAAUUGCUGAGAACUUCGAACUUCGAGGUGAUUGUGGGCCGCCCAGUAUCCGCAAUACCCUUGUUGUUCAACUGGUCAUUUUGCCUUACCACAUUUUACGCUUUUGUUGGUGGGCUUUGCGGUGGAUUGUUCUCUUUACGAUUCUUCGACGUCCCUACGGACCCGAGGAGAAGGAAUAUCUGACACGACGGCGACUCGGCUACAAUCAGUCACGGUGGGAUAGUCUGGACGAGGGAAGUAGAGCUUAUUACAAUCAUUUGGAAUUAUGGAGGCGUGAAAAUUUCAAGGCCUACAGGGAGGUCAUGGAGGAGGAAAUACGAGUUCGUGCCUCAGAGGAUACCAAUCAGAAACGCUAUCGACGAUAUGUGAAACGCUAUGGACCACCAACAGUUACAAAUCCUGAUGAUUCUUAA